CGGAGGUAGCGGUAGUGGCGGCAGCCGGAGCGCGGCCGUGCUAGAGCGUGGGCCCCGCGUUGAGGGGCAGUGAGAUCGCUCGGGAGCUGUGCGGCUUCGGCGGGGCCCGGGGGCUCGGUAAGCGGCCCUGGGGGGCCGCGGCGGCGCCGGCAUGGAGCAGGCAGCGCCCAAGAGCAAACUGAAAAAGCUAAGUGAAGAUAGUUUAACUAAGCAGCCUGAAGAAGUCUUUGAUGUUCUGGAGAAGCUUGGUGAAGGGUCUUAUGGUAGUGUGUUUAAAGCAAUACACAAAGAAUCUGGACAAGUUGUAGCAAUUAAGCAGGUCCCUGUGGAGUCAGAUCUUCAGGAAAUAAUUAAAGAAAUCUCUAUAAUGCAACAAUGUGACAGUCCUUAUGUUGUCAAGUACUAUGGCAGCUACUUUAAGAACACAGAUCUAUGGAUUGUUAUGGAAUAUUGUGGAGCUGGCUCUGUUUCAGACAUAAUUAGACUGCGUAAUAAAACGCUAACAGAAGAUGAAAUUGCAACUAUUUUGAAAUCUACUCUUAAAGGACUUGAAUACUUGCACUUUAUGAGAAAAAUACAUAGAGAUAUAAAAGCUGGAAACAUCCUUCUUAACACUGAGGGACAUGCAAAAUUAGCUGAUUUUGGUGUGGCUGGCCAGUUAACAGAUACAAUGGCAAAACGUAAUACUGUUAUAGGAACUCCAUUUUGGAUGGCUCCUGAAGUCAUACAAGAGAUUGGCUAUAACUGUGUGGCAGACAUCUGGUCCCUUGGUAUAACUUCAAUAGAAAUGGCUGAAGGAAAGCCUCCAUAUGCUGAUAUUCACCCAAUGAGGGCUAUUUUUAUGAUUCCUACAAAUCCCCCUCCAACCUUCCGGAAGCCAGAGCUCUGGUCUGAUGAAUUCACAGAUUUUGUGAAGAAAUGCUUAGUGAAAAAUCCUGAACAAAGAGCUACAGCAACUCAGCUGCUACAGCAUACAUUUAUUAAGAAUGCUAAGCCAGUUUCAAUUUUAAGGGACCUGAUCACCGAAGCAAUGGAGAUAAAGGCAAAGCGACAUGAGGAACAGCAGAGAGAACUAGAAGAGGAGGAAGAAAAUUCGGAUGAAGAUGAGUUGGACUCUCACACCAUGGUGAAGACCAACUCAGAGAGCGCUGGUACCAUGAGAGCCACCAGUACAAUGAGCGAAGGCGCUCAGACAAUGAUUGAGCACAACAGCACCAUGUUAGAAUCAGACUUGGGGACCAUGGUAAUCAACAGUGAUGAUGAUGAAGAGGAAGAUGGGACCAUGAAACGAAAUGCUACUUCACCACAAGUUCAAAGACCUUCUUUCAUGGACUAUUUUGAUAAACAAGAUUCCAAGAAUAAAAGCCCUGAAAACUGUAAUCAGAACAUGCAUGAACCUUACCACAUAUCCAAAAACGUUUUCCCUGAUAACUGGAAAGUCCCUCAAGAUGGAGACUUUGAUUUCUUAAAAAAUCUGAGUUUAGAAGAAUUACAGAUGAGAUUAAAGGCUUUGGACCCUAUGAUGGAACGAGAAAUUGAGGAGCUUCGUCAGAGGUACACUGCAAAGAGGCAACCUAUCCUAGAUGCAAUGGAUGCAAAGAAACGGAGGCAGCAAAAUUUCUGAGUUUGUUUUCCUUUCAAACACAAUACUAGGAGUCAGUGUGGACACUGGUAACUUUGUAAGUCAGAAGGAAUUCGAUUAUGUGAGUUUUCAAAAAUCCAGUCUGUUAAAUUUUCCUUCACAAGCAGUGACAAUUGCAGCAGUCAAGAAUAUCCAUAUGAUGUUCUGCAAAGGCAGCAAAACACUUUACCACUUGUUUGCAUUUUCAGAUGUUUAAUGUAAUAGAAGUUUAAUCUGUUACUUCCCAGUCUCUUUCAGGCGUGUAGUGGUAACUUGGUGUUGUACAUUGGGAAUUGUGUUUUGGAGCACCUGGAAUGUUUUCUUGAUUGUGCAACACUACCGAGCCUUAUAUUACAAUGUAUUUUUCUCCCACAUAGUAGCAUAUUUAUUAUGUAAUCUUUGGUUAUCCUAUUUAUUUUAUGCCUGUUUUCUGUUGAGAAGUAUUAGGAUAAUACUGUGGAGAGCAGUGUCAAAUUAGAUAAACUUACUAUUGUAGUAUAAUGAAAAGCUGCUCAUCACUGUAUUAUCUUUUAAAACUCCAAAUUCAACACGUAUCCUGAUUCAGGACAGCACUUGAACAUGUAUCCAGCCCAUUCAUAGCAGUAAAAUUUAGGAAUAAAGUAAUAGGCACAUGUUUUUCUGCUCUCCUGAAUCAGGGACUGAUUGUACAGUCCAGUUGUUACACUACAGAGCAUUCUUUGAGAGAGGAGUUCUGUCAUUUGUACGCACACUGAGUCAGCUGUCAUUAAACAAGAAAACAAGUGCCUAAUCAGUUUUAGUUUUUGUUAUUCAGGAGAAGCAAUACUUACAGUCACUCCUUAAGUGUAAACUUCCAAUUGCUAUUGCAAUUCUGACGAGUAUAAACCUCUAUUUUGCACCGUAGUUUUAUAAUGAAGUAACAGCUACACUUUCUGGAUAUGUUUUUUGUUUCAUUUGGGGUUUUUUAAUCACUCUUUUGAGGGGAGAGGGGAAUUAUUAGUGCUUUGGGGUUUGUUUGUUUUCGUAUUGUAGCUACAAAGGGAUAGUAAUUUAAAAACCAAAGAAAAUAAAUUGAAUACUUAUAUUUAAUAAGUAUAGAAAAGAAGCAACAUUUAAUAGCGUUCUGGGGGGUUUGUCCUGCAAUUGCUAAACAUUCAAAAUUCCUGUAGUCUUCUGUUGGUAGAUUUUGGGGACUCAGAAGUGCAGGACCAAGCUCUUAAUAGCUUUUUAUAAGUUCUUGUCUGGUUUAUGUUGUUGGAAUAACUAUUGGUAGAAUUUACAAUGUUGUAAAAAAUAUUUGAGACUUCGCAGAAAAUGUGAUCCACUCUCUGAACAAUCUACUGUGUUCUCUAUUGAAAUCUUUACUAUCGUUGCCUUGUAUGUAAAUAACUUCACUGUGAUAGUCAUACUUUAAACAAAACAGCUGAAAAUAUCUUUACAUUCAGCCUUCAGCUGUUAAACUUUUAAUGGUGACUACUGUAUGGGCAUCUUCUGUUAAAUGUUUUCUGGAAGUUAGUAAUCAUCUCAUACCUCUUAACAUUAAUUGUCAACAUACGUGGACCAUUUAGAUGGAAUAGUGCUGAUUUUGGAAAUGAUGCAUUAUGUCACAAAGCUUAUGCCAAUGGAAACAAAAAGGUCUUACAGGAUCAGCAUUCUCCAGCCAUGCUGGUGCCAGUAUUUGGGUUUGAGCUGUAUACAGCCAUCGCUGUCGUUGUCAUUCUCUGUGUGUUUGCAUGCACACCAUGCUCUGACGUGUAAACCCUAGUGGCAAAUAAAUCUUGUGACUAUUAGAAUGUCCUUA